AUGAAGCUUCUCGGUGGCGGGGGCCUCUUGAUGUUGGUCCUUGCAGUCGACAACGCAAUGUCGAUGUGCAAUACUCUACAGACACAGGUGAAUCUGACCAUGUGUAACUGGCAAGGUCUUCGGGAGCUCUCUCGGCUGACAGCAGUAGCGAACGUUUUACACGAUACAGUCUACUUAGAUGGAGGCUCUCUAUGGUUACAGCAAGGGUACGAUGACGGUUGUGCGAACCAUAUCAACGACGGUAAUUUCAACGGCUAUAUCUACUAUCUGAAUUUAUCCACGCCUUUUAAUAUUAGCUCGGAUUUUAUGACCGUGCUCAGCAACAAGACAAUUGCCGGGGGCGCGGCCAGUAAUAUCGCACCCAAUUACAUUGACGGAGUAAUGUUUUCGAACGACGAUGAGUUUUAUCUUUACGGCGGUAUGGCUAGAGCCACGAAUGUCACCGAUACACCGGCUGGGGAUGUUGUUCUUGGAUACGAAGCCUAUCAAUACAACUCUGAUGCUCAAAUGUGGGCGCCGAAGUGGUACUCGGACAAUCUUCCUUCUGAUGUCACCCGAUACAUUACGAAUGGUGCUGGUACAUCUGCACCGAGCGAGAAUAUGGGAUUCUAUUUUAGUGGCAUGCGUGCUCCAGACUGGGGUGCAUUCACUUUUGAUGAUAUGAAGUCCAACUCGACGGCCAAUACACUCAUCACCGUUAACAUGUCCAAAAUGGGUAAAGGUAAAUGGGCCAAUAAUUCACUGCCAGACUCUGUGUCUGGUCGCUCUAAGGCAGAGCUCGUUUGGCUUCCUGUAUCAAAGUCUGGCGUGUUAGUUGCUAUCGGAGGAGUUGUAAAGCCAGUUGACUUUUGGCGGACUACUGGACUCAGCGACUCCCAAAUCUCAAAGAGCAAAGAGAUAAGCCCCACUUUUAUGGAGACAGUCUCGGUUUAUGAUGUUGAAUCUAAAACGUGGUAUCUCCAGAACACGACUGGUGAAAUACCGCCACAGCUUACACAAUUUUGUUCGGUCUUGGCCAGCUCCUCUGACGAUUCAUCACAUAACAUCUAUAUUUAUGGUGGGUAUGAUGGUCUUAAAUACAACUCAAAUCCAUCGGAUGACGUCUAUAUUCUAUCUAUCCCCUCGUUCAAGUGGAUCAAGGCAUACAACGGAUCAAGCACACAUAGCCGAAGUGGGCAUCGAUGUGUGAAGGUAUAUCCUGAUCAAAUGCUCAUUUUAGGAGGUCAACAUGUUGCUAGCUCCAAUUGUCUUGAAGAUGGGGUUAUUGUCAAUUUCAAUCUCAACAAGCUCGAAUUCCAGGACAGCUAUGAUCCAACUAAGUGGGAUGGUUACCAGGUCCCUCAAUUGGUCACCUCUCAAAUAGGUGGAGAUUCUUCUGGGGGCGCAACUACAACUUCGCCAUUUUAUUGGACCAACAGUACCUUGGGGGAUGUUUUUCAGACAAAGUACUCAAAACCAAUUGCAACAUAUUGGCCAUAUGGUAUCUCUGAGACCUCGGGAUCACAAAAGGCUAGCGGCGGACUUCCUUCCUGGGCACCUCCAGUUAUUGGUGUCCUCUGUGGGCUUUUUGGAAUCGCUCUCCUUAUUGCAGGGGUUUUGAUGUGUUGUUGCCGACGACGACGCAGCCAACGUCCAUUGAUUGUGUCGAAAACCGCCAAAGAUAUGGAAAGUACCGAAGAUCGUAAAUUGAUGUAUGCAGGCGGUCCUGCUUCUCCGAGGCCGGGUCCAGCAUCUAACUCUACUGGCGUGGAGACUGGUGCAAAUGUUUCAACAAUGCAAGAUUCAAUCGACACAUCUGUAUCACCCCGAACGGUUGAGUCCGGGGGGGGAUGCAAUUCUUCACCGGCCGAGCUUCCUACUCACUUCAAUACCAUGUCUUCCGCCUCCACUACCACUCCGCCACUCGGCCCACUGCACGGCUGUGAUUCCCCAGUCUCCCCACAUAGCCCCACUGGAUCGGACUCAGGGCAGUCCUAUCAACAUGUACAUCACCGAAGCCCCUCGUCUUUAUCAAACGUACCGUCCCUAUCAAUAGAUGACGUUGUCACUGGGCGUACCUCUUACUUUCAUGAAUCCUUUGACCAUCAUAGCUCUCAACGUGCACGUCAUGGCUCUGAGAUCUCAGAUGCCAGUAUCAGCUCGGAUGAGAGGGGGCGAUUUGGGGGAAAUGAGACCAUUCAAGAAGCGGACUAG